AUGGAAGAUGAAGAUGAAGAUGAAGAAGAUGAGGAUUGUCCGCCGUUGCCGAUCCCACGCCCAGUUGAGAAAGAAAUAAGCUAUAAUGGCAUUGCCGUCAUCGAAAAUUAUACCGGCUCGAUCGUCGCCCGGGAUGCCAAGGGCCGUCCAUUCUGUUGGGAAAUUGAGGCGGACGGCGAAAAAUCGGCGAUCAGAACCUGCUCAUCGCCCUCUAGCAGCCACAGGCGUAGCAGCACAACAAUGGCUGACGAAGACCGACGGAACGACGACGAAAAUACCAGUCGCCAACGAAGUCGCUACCCGUUCUGA